AGGAGUGGAGAAUGAGCUAAAACAGAACAAGGUUGUUUGUUUAAGGACAUACUUGCACUGUGGAUAAAUUCUGUAUUGGGCUCUUUUUUUUGUUGCAUCAACGAUGUAUGUGCGAGGACAGAACGGAUAUGUCUGGAUUCAUCUGGCUGCGCUGCUUUGUCUCUGUGACCGGUGUGUUUCGCAGUUAUCCUAUUCGAUUUCCGAGGAGGCGAACAAAGGCACCGUAGUUGGGAAUAUCGCAAAGGAUCUAGACCUAAAUGUACAGGAACUGGAGAACAGGGACCUGCGUAUUGUUUCCAGUUUUAGUAAGACGUAUUUUGACGUGAAUUUGCGAACCGGGAAUCUCUUUGUAAACGAGCGAAUCGACAGAGAAGAGCUUUGCCCUCAUGUGGUAAAAUGCUCCAUAAAAAUUCAAGUUGCCUUGAAUAAUCCAGUGAAUGUACACCGCAUCCAGGUCAGUAUUGCUGAUAUAAAUGAUAACUCGCCUUCAUUCAUUGAACAGUCGCUUUUAAUAAAUAUCUCUGAAUCACUGUCACCGGGAGAGCGAUAUUUUCUCCCAGUAGCAAUGGAUGGUGACAUAGGAAGCAACUCAGUAAAAUCCUACAAGCUGAGUCAAAAUGAACAUUUCUCACUUGAUGUGCAGAGCGGCGGAGAGCACGGUGUGUCAGCUGAAUUGGUGCUGCAAAAAGCUUUAGACAGAGAAAAACAGCCAGUAAUUAAACUGAUCCUGACCGCUGUAGAUGGAGGCAAACCACCAAGAUCAGGGACUUUGCAAUUAAUUGUUAAUGUUAUAGAUGUCAAUGAUAACACCCCUGCAUUCAGUAGCUCGCUUUAUAAAGUGCGUGUCAAAGAAAAUGCGCUUCCGGGAAAACUUGUUAUCAAGUUAAAUGCCACAGAUUUAGACGAAGGCAUAAACAGUAAAAUCCUAUAUUCGUUUAUCAAACGAGGUAAUAUUGAUCCAUCAAAUAUUUUUGAUCUGAAUUCGGAAACAGGAGAAAUUACAGUUAAAGAGGAACUAGAUUAUGAAGAGACACCUGCUUAUGAAGUCAGAGUCCAAGCAACGGAUCAGGGGACUGUCCCUCGUAGUGCACAUGCCAAAUUACUAAUAGAGAUAAUUGAUGUGAAUGAUAAUGCUCCAGAAAUAUCAGUGACAUCACUGAUGACGCCAGUAAAAGAAGAUGCUGAGCAGGGGACAAUCGUUGCUUUAGUUACUGUCAGUGAUAAAGAUGGAGGAAACAAUGGUUUAGCUAAUUGUAAGGUAGUUGGGUCUGUUCCGUUUAAACUGAAAUCCAACUACAAAAAUGAUUAUUCUUUAGUUGUUGAUGGAGCGCUAGACAGAGAAACCACUUCAGUUUACGAUGUCACCAUUACAGCCACAGAUGAAGGAACUCCACCUCUGUCGAAUAACAAGCUCAUUACUAUUCACGUUUCUGAUGUCAAUGAUAACGCACCUCGAUUUAUGGAGCCUGUUAUUAAUGUGUAUGUGAAAGAAAAUAGUCCAAUAGGUUCAGUUAUUCAUACAGUAAAUGCCUUCGACUCUGAUCUAGAUGGUCACGCAAAGCUGAUUUACACAUUAUUAGACAGUUCGCCGAGAAACAUUCCAGUUUCAUCUUUUUUAAAUAUAAAUUCAGAUACUGGAGAUAUUAUCAGCCUGCAGUCUUUUAACUAUGAGGAGUUAAGUACUUUCCAGUUUAAAGUUCAGGCCACAGACUCUGGUGUUCCUCCGCUCAGCAGCAAUGUGACUGUCAACGUGUUAAUCCUGGAUGAAAAUGAUAAUAAUCCAACAAUUCUUGCGCCCUAUUCUGAGCACGGCUCUGUUAACAGUGAGAGCAUCCCCUAUUCUGCUGAAGUGGGAUACUUUGUGGCAAAGAUCAGGGCUGUAGACGCAGACUCUGGAUACAAUGCGCUGCUUUCUUAUCACCUGUCUGAGCCCAAAGGGAACAACCUGUUCAGGAUCGGAACCAGCACCGGGGAGAUCAGGACUAAGAGAAGAAUGAGUGACAAUGACCUGAAAACUCACCCUUUGGUGGUCUUGGUCUCUGAUAACGGAGAACCCUCCCUGUCAGCUACUGUGUCUAUUGAUGUGGUGGUGGUGGAAAGCACAGCUGAAAUCCAGACUCAGUUCAGACACGUGCCUAUAAAGGAGGACAACUUCUCUGAUUUGAACCUGUAUCUGCUGAUUGCCAUUGUGUCGGUAUCCGUCAUCUUUCUGCUGAGCCUCAUCAGUUUAAUAGCAGUCAGAUGCCACAGGACAGACGGCAGUUUCAGCAGGUACAGCGCCCCAAUGAUCACCACCCACCCUGACGGGAGCUGGUCUUACUCUAAAGCUACACAGCAGUAUGACGUGUGUUUCAGCUCAGACACACUCAAGAGUGACGUAGUGGUUUUCCCCGCCCCAUUUCCACCUAUAGAUUCAGAACUGAUCAGUAUUAAUGGAGGAGACACUUUUACCAGGACUCAGACUUUACCCAACCAAGAGAAGGUAGGCUUUAUUUGGCAUUGA